GCGUGAGGGGCGGGAGUGGGCACGGCGCGGGGGUUCGGGGUCAGCUUGGUGCGCUCCGACUUUUCCGUUUCUUGGCCCCGGCCUCUCCACUGACCGCUCUCCUGGCUCUUCCAUCCCUGCCGGCGGUGUUUUCCCCUUAAAAUGGCGAAGGAGGAAUAAGGAAUAGGAACAAGACAUUAGAACGCCGCGCUUACGGCUCUCUCCCCAUCUUUUUACUCUGCCUGCUACUUUCGUAGAUAGUGCAAUUUAAAAUGCGAGCCUCGUGAGCUUUAUGUAUAUAAACAAAGCGAGGUUUUGGUCUCCUGGGAUUUGUUUGCUUCGUUUCCUGCGAACUCCCCUUUCAGCCUUUAACUUCAGUAUCGCUGCCCUCAGAGUCCAGUUCCCAGCGCUCGGCAUGGUUGCUUUGCCUUCCUACCUGAAAAAUGUCUUGGAUACAAAAGACCUCCAGGUGUUUAAAGUGACUGUAAACGGACAGGAUGCAAAAUUUGCUUUUGGAGAAAAGCACAGCUUCAAGGGGACCCCCCUGGAAAUCACGCUGCCCUUUGAGAUGAGAAGGGGACAAGAAGCAAUUAUCGAAAUUUCCUUUGAAAGCUCUCCAAAGUCUUCAGCUCUCCAGUGGUUUACUCCAGAGCAAACUUCUGGAAAGAAACACCCAUUUCUCUUCAGCCAGUGCCAGGCUAACCAUUGCAGAGCCAUUCUUCCUUGCCAAGACACACCUGCUGUGAAACUAACGUACUAUGCUGAGGUCUCUGUUCCCAAAGAGUUGGUGGCUCUCAUGAGUGCCAGUCGCGACGGAGAGAUGCCUGACCCAGAGGACAGCAGUCGAAAGAUAUACCGAUUCAGUCAGAAUGUUCCCAUACCUUCCUACUUAAUUGCUUUAGUGGUUGGAGAUUUAGAAAGCAGAAAGAUUGGACCAAGGACACUGGUGUGGGCUGAAAAGGAGCUAGUGGAUAAAUCGGCCUAUGAAUUUGCUGAGACUGAAGCUAUGCUGCAAACAGCUGAAGAUUUAGCAGGACCCUAUGUGUGGGGACAGUAUGAUUUGUUAGUCUUACCACCUUCUUUUCCUUACGGUGGUAUGGAGAAUCCUUGCCUUACUUUUGUAACUCCUACCCUACUGGCAGGUGAUCGAUCUCUAUCAAAUGUUAUUGCUCAUGAAAUCUCUCACAGUUGGACAGGAAACUUGGUAACAAACAAAACAUGGGAGCAUUUUUGGCUGAAUGAGGGACAUACUGUAUACCUGGAACGCAGGAUUGGUGGUCGGUUGUUUGGUGAGCAGUUCAGGCACUUCAAAGCCUUGGGAGGUUGGAGGGAACUGCAGAAUGUGGUAAAUAAUAUUGGAGAUAAAAAUCCCAUAACUAACCUCGUCCCUAAUCUGAAUGAAGUAGAUCCUGAUGUUGCCUAUUCAUCUGUUCCUUAUGAGAAAGGAUUUGCUUUGCUUUUUUACCUUGAACAACUUCUUGGAGGACCAGAUGUCUUCAUGGGCUUCUUGAAGGCUUAUAUUCAGCAGUUUGCAUAUAAGAGCAUAGUAACCGAAGACUGGAAGACAUUCUUGUACUCCUACUUCAAGGAUAAGGUAGAUGUUCUGGAUAAAGUUGACUGGAACUCUUGGCUGCAUGCUCCAGGAAUGCCACCAGUGAAACCUACGUAUGAUAUGACACUAACAAAUGCCUGUGUUGCCUUGAGCCAAAGAUGGAUCAAAGCAAAAGAGAGUGAUCUGGGUUCAUUCAGCUCAGCAGACCUGAAGGGAAUAUCAUCUCAUCAGCUGAUUGAGUUCCUGGCACUGUUGCUCCUGGAGGCUCCUCUUCCGUUGUCGCAUGUCAAACGAAUGCAGCAAGUAUAUGACUUCAAUGCUGUAAGCAAUUCUGAAAUACGAUUCAGGUGGCUGCGCCUCUGCAUCCAGUCCAAGUGGGAAGAGGCAAUUCCUCUGGCUCUAAAAAUGGCAACAGAACAAGGCAGGAUGAAGUUUACUCGACCCUUGUUCAGGGACCUUUACAAUUUUGACAAGUCUCGAGAUCUUGCUGUCAAGACAUUCCUGGAGCAUAGAGCCUGUAUGCACCCAGUCACCUCAAUGCUUGUGGGCAAAGACUUGAAACAGGAUGAGUGACAGACUUACUGAUUCCUUUGAAGCUUUCUAAUUGCUGAAAAAAAGACUGAUUCUGCAAACUGUUCAUAUGCAUGCUUGAUUAUGCCAUAAAAUGUUUUGCUGCUUUGGUACUAAUUUAGCUCAAAAUGGACUUCCAGAUCACAAUACUUCCUAUUUUGCACCCACAUGUAAUACUGUAAAAAUCACUUAAUCUCUGGAACUAGGAGAAAGGUUUUCUUGCAAGCAAUUGGUAGAACACAAAAAAAUGUUCUGAGAUGUAAUCAUUUGUCAAUCAUGGAAUUUAAAAACCUGGAAAGGGCACGGCUUUCUUUUUUGUAGCAAUAUGCAAUUAAAACUUCAAGUAUCUGGCAACUGAAAAAUAAAUCUUUUUAUUGCUCA